UGUUUAUUUGUUUAUGAAUCAAUAGUUAUUUUGAAGUGAAUUUUUCAUUCUGAAAUAUUUGUAUUAAAAAUUUUUUCGUGCUUAAAAGAUAUUUGCUGUUUUAUUUUUAAAUUGGUAGUUUUCUAAAUAAAUAUGUAUUAAAAAUGGAUUUCUCUUUGGACGCAAGCACAGAUGAAGAUUUUUUCGGGUCGCUGAAACGACAAAACACGAAUUUGGAGAACCUUUUUGGGCUCGAAGCGCAGCACAAUGCGGGUAAAGAAGAGCAAGACUCGCUCAAGUACCAACCUGUUAAGCAAACUUCAGUUAAUUUAAAUGAGAAAAAAGUUAUUUCAAGUCCUAGCACAAUGGUGCAAGCUUGGCAAACUAUUUUAGCAAAGGUAGCGCACGCUUAUAAAGAAGGCGUUGCUGUUGGCAAAGUAGGUGUGGCAUUAUUGAAAAGUAUUGAAAACGAAUACAGAAUUAUCAUCUAUAAGGCCAAAUUGAAUGUACUUACCACAUGCUCAUUACGAAAUGAAACGGUACAAAUUCACCGCCACAAUAACUAUUUACAAUUUUACGACGAUGAUUUAUGCUGCUGGAGUGUUUAUUUUGACGCCAGUGCUAAUACCGAAGAAUUUGUAGCUAAAUUGAUUGAACUUAAUAUAAAAAUAGGAGAAGAAGUUAAUAAAGAAGGCAAGGAGUUUAUUCCAGAAACUGAUACAGAACUAACAAACAAAGAAGAUGUACUCACAAAUAACCAAAUAUUUUUAAAGAGCGUAGAAAAGCCGCCUAUUGCCCCUGCGAAGCCUACAAAGACAACGCUAAUAACACGCAUGGCCAAAAUGGGUCAGCAAUUGCCGAAAAUGGAACUUCCUUCACAUGUUCAAAGCAGUGCCGAAGUCACCGACUCGUCAGACACGGAGACUAUAAGCACACCAAUAACAACACCACGUCACUUACAGAAUUCAACACCACGCAGCAGUAACAGAGCGCUGUCUACGACGCAAGCAAUACCAAUUAACCAAAUAAAUCCUUAUGCUAUUUCCAAUAUAAAUUCCAGUUUUGAUUCGCAGUUCAUGCAAAUGAUGCUCUCGGAAAAUCGUACGCAAGGCUCAGAGCUGCGUAUGAAUAUCAGCAGGUUGGAGGGUAAAGUUGAGAAGGUACUUGACAAAAUCGAUUUAUUGCAUACUAGUUCCAGUCACAAACUAAAUAAAGAAGAUGAAAUAUUGACAUUGGAGGAAAAAGUGUUGGAACUUAAGAAGGAGAACAGAAAAUUACGACAAACAAUUGAAGAGAAGAACGAAAAUUUGCCGGAAGCAACUUGUCAACAAAUUUUGCGUAUGUACAGUGCCGAAUUGGAGCAAGUAAACCUGGCCAAUUUCGACAGUCUAGAAAGACUUGUAGGUGAUCUGCUUAAACAACGGGCUGCGUUGCACGAGAAAUUAGAAAAGUGGGAAAAAGAACUAACGGAGAAAAAUUUACAGUUGAAAACGCAUCAAAUACGUCUAAAUGAUGAUCAAGAUAUGUUAGCAAAUACCAUUGCAAAUAAACACCAGCUCGAGGAGGAGCUCAAAACCACGCAACAACGGCUCGUCGAGUGUGAAAGUAGCGAAAGCGAUUUGCGGCAACAGCUGAUCAAAAGCAAGAAUGAAAUCCUUGCACAACAACAGUUGGUCGAGGAGUGUAAACAAAGGGAAACAGAGGCCAACAACACGCUGCUUGAACUGCAAACGCAAAAUGCAGAUUUGCAGAAAAAAUUAGAGGAAAAAGAAAAAAUGCAGUUGGAGAGUCAGCGCAGCAAUUCGAAUAUCGCUUUACGAUGUGAAAAUGAGCUAAGCGUUGAACAGCAAAUCGAGACAGUAUUAAAAAAGACAAUGAACAAUUUAUAUGCGAGCUUAGCUGCAAAACUAGAGACAAUUGUUCCAAUGCAAAAGCAUGCGGUAAUAGCGGUAGUUGGCAAAACUAUACGCGAGGAAACGCUCAGAGCAAUGGACGAGUUGGAAGAAUAGCUUUGGAUAUCUUGAAUUGUGUGCGUGUCACUAUGACAAUGUGUUGAUAGCAUAUAAUCAGAUGAUUUGUAAAUUAACUUUAAAUAUGUAUUAAUAAAGUAUAAACAUUUAUUAUACGAA